AUGCCAUCUCCACCACUCAAUAAUAAAUCGUCGAUCUUGAUCGUCGGAGCUGGAACCUGGGGCUGCUCAACUGCCCUUCAUCUAGCUCGACGAGGAUACAAAAAUGUCACAGUUCUUGAUCCCUACGGUGUCCCAUCGCCCAUUGCCGCUGGCAAUGAUGUCAAUAAAAUUAUGGAACACAAAGAGCCCAAAGGUUCACAAACGGAUGCCCGAAGCAUUGCAUUUGCUACCUGCAGUCGAGCGGCGUUGAACGGGUGGAAGACUGACCCUGUGUUCAAGCCAUUUUUUCACGAAACAGGGUUUAUUGUGUCCGGCAGUACAACUGAACUCAUUCAAAAUAUCAAGGAGGAAGAGAUAGACUCCUCCGAAGGCGAGUUUGUCGCCCUAGAGACGGCCCAAGACUUCCGCAAUACCAUGCCACCGGGUGUGCUGACAGGGGACUUCCCCGACUGGAAGGGCUGGUUCAGCAAGAGAGGAGCAGGAUGGAUCCACGCUCAAAAAGCGAUGAUUUCCGCAUACAAUGAAGCAAAACGACUCGGCACAAAAUUUAUCGUUGGUGACCCGGUGGGCAAAGUUGUCGCCCUGAUGCACCAAGAUGGUGACGUGAUCGGAGCACGAACAGCAGAUGGCACGGUUCAUCGCGCAGACCAUGUCAUUUUAGCUGCCGGUGCUGGUAGCGAUCGUCUACUGGACUUCAAGAAACAGCUACGUCCCACUGCAUGGACCUUGAGCCACAUUCGCAUGACGCCGGAGGAAGCCCAGCGCUACCGAAACCUUCCAGUGCUUUUCAACGUCGCCAAAGGAUUCUUCAUGGAGCCAGAUGAGGACAAGCACGAACUCAAAAUCUGUGAUGAGCAUCCGGGAUACUGCAACUUUAUCCCGGAUCCCAACUACCCAGGGGAGAAGAGAAGUAUACCGUUCGCAAAGCAUCAAGUCCCACUCGAAGCGGAGGCCCGGGCCAGAGAAUUCCUACGUGACACAAUGCCACAUCUAGCGGAGCGAGCAUUUUCAUUUGCACGGAUUUGCUGGGACGCCGACACUCCCGACCGUGCAUUCUUGAUUGACCGGCAUCCGGAGCACCCUUCUCUUCUGAUUGCAGUGGGCGGGUCUGGAAAUGGUGCCAUGCAGAUGCCAACAAUUGGUGGAUUUAUCUCGGAUGCGUUGGAAGGGAAACUACAGAAGGAACUCAGGCAUGUAGUACGCUGGCGGCCUGAGACGGCUGUUGGUCGUGACUGGCACUCUACGCAAAAUCGCUUCGGAGGGCCUGACAGGGUGAUGGACUUCCAAGAUGUGGGGGAAAACGAGUGGACGCAGAUACAUGAGACUGAGCAAAGCAAGCUUUGA